AUGACUAAUUCUCACAUUCCAGUCCCGAAAGCGUUUGGCGUUCCGAAUAAAUCAACGCUUCACUCAUCAACAAAGCGGGGAAAUUUAAAUACUGGUGACAACAAACCUCCACAGAGUCCAACGCUCCAAAGGGUGACCUCGGUCGCCGCCCAAAGAGCCUCCUUCGAGCGCCUAGACGCCUCGGCGUCGCCAAAAAUCACCAGAGAGCACAAUGAUUUGGAAAAGAAAUUCCGAGAGAUGAUCCGUGAAAACAGCGCACUUCAUACUCAAGUUCGUGAUAAAGAUGAGCAAUUACAGAAACUACGUACCGUGUCAGAGGCUGUCUGCAAAGAAUACGAACAACUCAAGCGUCAAUACGAUGUCGAAACAGGUGCUAUGCACAAAGCAAUGCAACAAGCAUCACAAUGGUACAAACAAAACCGGCAAUUGAAAAGAAGGUCACAAGUACUUGUUCAGAGGAUCCUUGACUCACGGCCUGAUGCACUGGCUGAUGAUUCAUAUCUUUCUGAUGAGGUCGAUGCCAAUGAUGCCGACGACGCUGAAGAACUACGUCAAACUAUUACAGAAUUAAGCGCCGAAGUCGCAAGACUUCAAACAGAAUUAAACGCAGCAAGACUCCAAGAGUUUGAAGCCCAGGAACAAGCAGCGUUGACAAAUGCCCGACUGGAAGAUGAAAAGGAGCUGAGUGAAAAGAAUAAUGAGGUAAUAAAGCAGCUGACAAUUCACAAAGAAAACAUGGAACGUGUUUCUCGAAUGGUCGCUGAAGAAGUCCAGGCUCUGAAGGCCCAAUGUGACCGCGAGCGAGAAAGCGCCAAAUUGAUGAAGAUAGAAGCCGACAGGAUCCAAAAAGAGCGGAAUGUCCUGGCUCACCAGAGUGCCCUGCUGAUGGCGGAAGUCGGUGAUGAUCCUAAUGGAAGAUUGCUGACAAUUCUCCAGGAAGUAGAGUCACUGAAGCGGCUGCUGGAGGAGGAGAAGCAAAAUCACUUUGAACAGAUACAGCUUCUGCAGGAUAAGCUCGAUGAGAAGGAAUCGAAUGUCGAGUUUGAGAUUGUUGAGGAGAAACUUAAAUUAGCCGAAGUUGAAUUGAACAUGAUGGAGGAGCGGGCUGAGAGGGCGGAAAAAGAUGCCAAGAAGCUACAAGAGACUGUUAGAAAGUUGGAGGACAAAAUUAAUCAAUUAGAAACAAUGAGAGUUUCGCCACCACCGCCACCACCGAUGCCGGCUCCGCUGCCUCCUCCUCCGCCACCGCUUCCAACUAAGUCGUCUACUUCAACUGUUAAGUUGCUGACAAAAGAACGUCUUCAAGAAGAGAAUCGACAUUCAGCUAUUGUUGACAUGGAAAAUAUGCUCGGUAUUUCCAAGAAAACGGUCACUACUGUUCCUCAACAACCUGCUAUUGACGAUAUAAUAAAUCAAAUAAAAGGUGGAAGGUUCACUCUGAAACAAACAGACAAGCAACGCGAGGAAGAGAGAAAGCGUAAGCGAGAGAUGGAAAGUGCUCCAGCGGCAGUUUCUGAGAUGCUGAACAUCCUUGGUACAAUGAGACGACGAGCGAAGCCAGUGAGACAGUCUAUAAACUCCUCGGAGUUGGUCGCCAGUACGCUCGAUAAAGCCGCGUAA